AAACACCAGAGCCUGGAUUCCAGCGCUCCACCUUGUGCGGGCUGAGCAAGUCUGGGCAAUGACUGUGGCUCUGGAUCGAGUCAUCACGGAUGAGGCAGAAUUGGCUCGGUCAGGGAGCACUCGUUGCUCUUUUUAAACUCCACGGCACCAGGGAUGAAGUCACCUUUCUCCUUUUAAAACUGAGCUGACUUCUUUGUGAGCCCCUGUCACUGCUGUCAGAACUUAGCGUUUUUUUCCACGGCUGGGCACCAGAACCUUCUCUCAGGAGUUUGAUCUGAGAGCUGCAUGCAGGAGGGGGUCAGUGGAACCAUGGACCUCAGUGAGACCUGGGCUUUGGAGGAAGGAAGCUGGCUGUCACACGGUGGAGCUCAUCAUUUCCCCAACACCAGAGCGGACAGUGAUUUUGUGGACGCCACUCCCACUCCUUACAGCCCGGAGGAGUUAGCUCCUCCCCGUGUUUGCUACAGCCCCAGCAGCCCUGUGCAGAUUCUAGAGGAGUCUGCCUACUUCUACCCAGACUUGCAGCUCUAUUCUGGGAGGCAUGAGGCAUCUGCUUUGACAGUGGAGGCAAGUGGAGGCCUGAGGGGGAAAGGCGUGGAGGACCCUCUCUCCAACUUCCACUCCCCGAACUUCCUGAGGACCCCGGAGGUGGAGAUGAGAGGUUCUGAGGAUGUGACUGCUGGGACAGUGUUGCAGCGGCUGAUCCAGGAACAACUGCGCUAUGGCACCCCGACCGAGAACAUGAACCUGCUGGCCAUUCAGCACCAGGCCACAGGGAGUGCAGGGCCAGCCCACGCCACCAACAACUUUUCUUCCACGGAGACCCUCACUCAAGAAGACCCACAAAUGGUCUUCCAGUCAGCCCGCCAGGAGCCGCAGGGUCAAGAGCACCAGGGGGACAACACGGUGAUGGAGAAGCAGGUCCGCGCCGCUCAGCCUCAACAGAACAACGAGGAGCUGCCCACGUAUGAGGAGGCCAAGGCCCAGUCUCAGUUCUUCAGGGGACAGCAGCAGCAGCAGCAGCAGCAGCAGGGACAGGGGCCCCUCGGCCACACUUACUACAUGGCCGGAGGGACCGGUCAGAAGUCCCGCACGGAGGGGAGGCCCACGGUGAACCGUGCCAACAGCGGACAGGCACACAAGGACGAGGCCUUGAAAGAGCUAAAGCAAGGCCACGUCCGCUCCCUCAGUGAGAGGAUCAUGCAGCUGUCGCUGGAGAGGAACGGGGAUAAGCAGCACCACCCCAGCUCGGGAAACGGGAAGGGCGUCAAAGCCGGGGGAGGGCCUCCCCCUGCCCAGCCUGCCUGUAAAGCCCUGGACCCUCGUGGCCCUCCCCCCGAAUACCCCUUCAAGACCAAGCCAAUGAUGUCCCCGGUCAGCAAGAACCAAGAUCACGGACUUUACUACAGUGACCAGCACCCUGGAGUACUCCACGAGAUGGUCAAGCCCUACCCGGCACCUCAGCCUGUGAGAACAGAGGUGGCCGUCCUGAGGUAUCAGCCGCCCCCAGAGUACGGGGUCACCAGCCGGCCGUGCCAGCUUCCUUUUCCAUCCACGGUGCAGCAGCAUAGCCCCAUGUCCUCUCAGACUUCCUCGGCCAGCGGGCCCCUGCACUCCGUCUCCCUGCCUCUUCCGCUUCCCAUGAGCCUGGCGGCUCCGCAGCUUCCACCGGCCGCCUCCCCGAGCCAGCAGCUCGGACCAGACGCCUUUGCGAUCGUGGAGCGAGCCCAGCAAAUGGUGGAGAUCCUCACGGAGGAGAACCGCGUGCUUCACCAGGAGCUUCAGGGCUGCUAUGACAACGCUGACAAGCUUCACAAGUUUGAAAAAGAGUUGCAGAGGAUUUCAGAAGCCUAUGAGAGCCUGGUGAAGUCCACCACCAAGCGUGAGUCUCUGGACAAAGCAAUGAGAAACAAGCUAGAGGGUGAGAUCCGGAGGCUUCACGACUUCAACAGAGAUCUCCGAGAUCGACUGGAGACAGCCAACAGGCAGCUAUCCAGCAGGGACUACGAUGGCCAUGAAGACAAAGCUGCAGAGGGUCAUUACAUGUCCCAGAACAAAGAAUUCUUGAAGGAAAAGGAAAAGUUGGAAAUGGAGUUAGCAGCGGUGCGGAAUGCAAGUGAGGACCAUCGGAGGCACAUUGAGAUCCUGGACCAGGCUUUGAGCAAUGCCCAGGCCAGAGUGAUCAAGCUGGAGGAAGAGCUGCGAGAGAAGCAAGCCUACGUGGAGAAGGUUGAGAAGCUGCAGCAGGCCCUGACCCAGCUGCAGUCUGCAUGCGAGAAGCGGGAGCAGAUGGAGCGCAGGCUGCGGACCUGGCUGGAGAGGGAGCUAGACGCUCUGAGGACGCAGCAGAAACAUGGGAAUGGCCAGCCAGCCAGUCUCCCGGAAUACAACGCCCCUGCCCUCAUGGAGCUGGUACGGGAGAAGGAGGAGCGGAUCCUAGCCUUGGAGGCAGACAUGACCAAGUGGGAGCAGAAGUACCUGGAAGAAAGCGCCAUCCGGCACUUUGCCGUGAGCGCCGCUGCCUCCGCCACGGCCGAGAGGGACACCACCGUCAUCAACCACUCGAGGAACGGCAGCUACGGCGAGAGCUCACUGGAGGCCCACGUCUGGCCGGAGGAAGAGGAGGUGGUGCAGGCUAACAGGAGGUGUCAGGACAUGGAGUACACUAUUAAAAACCUCCAUGCCAAAAUCAUAGAGAAGGAUGCCAUGAUAAAAGUCCUUCAGCAACGAUCCCGUAAGGACGCUGGGAAGACGGACUCUUCCAGCCUGCGGCCCGCCCGUUCUGUCCCGUCCAUCGCUGCAGCCACCGGGACACAUUCACGCCAGACGUCACUUACCAGCAGCCAGCUGAUGGAAGAGAAGAAGGAAGAAAAAACCUGGAAGGGGAGUGUAGGGUUCCUGCUGGGGAAGGAGCAUCAGGGACAGGCGUCUGCCCCUCUGCCGCCAACCACGCCCGCCUCUGCACUGUCCCCUCCUGCCUCCACCACGCCGGCCAGCAGCACCCACGCCAAGACAGGCAGCAAGGACAGCAGCACCCAGACGGACAAGGGCACCGAGCUCUUCUGGCCCAGCAUGGCCUCCCUCCCCGGCAGAGGCAGGCUGAGCACCGCCCCUUCCAACAGCCCCAUUCUGAAACACCCAGCUGCCAAAGGGACCAUGGAGAAACUGGAGAGCUCUCCUGGUCACGGAAAGCCGGCAGACCACAGAGGCCGCGUGAGCAGCUUGUUGCACAAGCCGGAGUUCCCGGACGGGGAGAUGUUGGAAGUGCUUAUCUAGCCUCACCCUGUGGAGCGUCACACCAGCAUGCUGACAGGAAGGGGCCGAAGGAAGAUGUAGAUGGUAGCAACGGCAAAACCUGGACAGGUGUGGACGCUUCAGAACGUCACCAAGCCAGCCGGCUCACAAGACUGCAGAGGGAGGGACAGAAGAUGCGUGCAGACUUGGAAGCGGAGCUGAGGAGAAUAGGAGGGGCUGUCCACUGUAGAGAAACUGUGUGUCUGGGGAGGCUCCAUGCACCCCCACUGUUAGCUUACAAACAGAUGAAGAAGAGCUUCCUUGGAAUCACCCCAUUCCCUUUGCCUCUUCGCAAAGGUUUAAGAAGAAUCGGCUAGAAGUCCUGAAAACCCAUCCUGGCAUAAUGUAGUUCUGUGCCAUUGUGGAGUUAUGCACGCACUGGUGUGCGAGUGCGUGUGUGUGUGUGUGUGUGUGUGUGUGUGUGUGUGUGUGUGUGUACCCACACACCAGCCCUUCCAGGAUACAUCCAGGGAAAUGGGGAAUUCCACAGGCAAGCUUUGUCACCUACUUGGCUGUUUGGCUGGUGGUCUCAGUGUGAGGCUUUGCUUGUCCGGGUUGAGUGGUGUUUUCUGACAGGAUGGGAGUGUGGUGAGCGCGUUCCUCACCCGCCCUAAGCUCCUGGAGCUGUCUCUGCUCUACUUACUUUAUUUUGUUGUUGUAUUUUUUUUUCUGUUUACUGAGACAGCAGAUUUCCUUCCAUAUGGGACUUAGGAGACUGCCAUCUUUGCUGUGCUGUGUCCAGUGGGGGAGAGCCUCAUGCUGGCACCCUGGCGGCCCCGCCCCCCUUUGCUUUGCAGAGCCACAGCUGUCAGUUUCACUGCGAGCCAGAGGAACCUGGAUGAUGAGGAGCAGGUGUCCAUGGUCACUGAGUUGAUUUUCACUCCCACCCGCUCUUGCAAGGAACUUGACCAUUAACCCCCCCCCCCCCCAUUGCCCUGUUAGGGAGACUUCAGUAUGAGCAGGUGCCGCAGGUACUCGACGCUGGCUUACACACAGCUCUCCAGGGGGCAUCCAAGAUCUCACCGGGCUGCCUGGGCCCCUUUCAUAUUUGAGGCUUUCAGGUGUUUCCAUCGUUCUCCCCUGUCCCAUCCUACCCUGGUUGCUAUUGGUAAGCGCCAAGGCUUCCCCAGUCACUGUUUCUUUGCUGGGAACUAGCUUUGCAACACAAGAUUGGUGGAUACAGGGCGUGGCCAGUGUCUCACAAGGGAUACAGCUUACCCGCAGCGAGGCGGCCUUGUCCUGACAGUGAGCCACCUCGAGCGAGGAGGCCGGGCUCUCUGAGGCUGCUGCCACAGCAAGGUCUCACGCACAUUGCUGUGGACACCGGCUUCCUGCCGAGCACAGGAGAGGCUGUCCAGGCACAGGUGGCCCCCCAGGCUCCCGAACUAUGCCCAGCUCAGUAGGAUUUGUUUUUCCAAGUCUCUUUCCUCAUCACCGCCUGUCCCUCAGGGGCAAAAAGAAAAGCAGUAAGUCUGUGACUUUUAAAAGUCCCUCUUAAAAGCAGCACUGAAGAUGGUGGCGUUGCUCGGGGAACCUCUACUUGGGUCACUUGUUCCAAGACUUGUCCCCAAGGUAAACCUGGGUGAAAUGACAGCCUCCCAGGUUGAGGUGAUGGGUGGAUUGUAAGAGGGGUAGCCUGGAGAUCAGAGGACAGGAGAGGAGAGCAGAGGAAAGGAGAGGAGAGGAGGAGGGGAAGGAAACCAUCUGGCAGGAUGGUGGGACCGGCCUCGCCAAGCCCCACUUGGCGUCGGCCGUGGCUUGGAGAUCCCACACGCCCCUUACCGCUUCUCACCUCACAUCUCUGGCAGCCUGUGUACUGAGCUUGCCCUGUGUCCUGUGGGGGGCGGGGGGGGGGAGGAGACAGCAUAGGAGAUCUUGCCAGCUGAGAGGGGCUGGAGGAUGGAUGCAGGUGAGGGUGGGGCCAUUUUGGAUAGAGUGUGGAGUUCGGUUGAUGGCAGCUAACUCUCUUAAGAGCAUAUUGUCUCCAGUUGAUGCAGGGGACAAACCAGGGAGGAGCGUGUAUAGAGGUGGGAAAUUGGUGAGGUCUUCCAGCCCCGUGCCGUGUCUAAGCUCGCCCGCCCCAAAUUUAGGCUGUCUCCCGUCAUAGGAUGAAGGACUUCCCGGUUUACCCAAAGUCUCGUCUGCAUGUCCCGGACACAGUGCACACUUGGGCGGAGGGUCCCCUGCUCCAGCCCUCCUGCACUGCCUGCAUUUCAGUUGCCAGAGCCCAAGGGGGACGUGGACAGUUAACACAGCUUUAACUGCAUGUGUCCUGUGUGGCUUUUGUCCGAGGCUGCAUGUUGAGAACAAGGCCAUGGCUUUAAGGCCAAGGCCCUUCAGUCUUCCAUCUUGGGACGAACAGGGCGAAGGAGCUGUAGCACUCAGCAGCCAUUCGGAGCUCCGGUGAGCUCACAGGGUCUGCUCUUGAUUGACACUGAGGACAACAGCGCUCCCAGGGCAUUUUAGUAUUGGCGGCGUUUGAGGACUGAUGUGGCUGCCAACGGGUCCUUAAAGCGCCAGGGGAGCAAGGCCAGGCUGACUCUCGUGGCUGCACUCAGAUGCAGAAGCUGAGCCCGAGAGGCUACAGCGCAUCUCCCAGCUGCAAAGCCAAUGCCAGAGCUCACAGACUCAGGAGAGGGGUCUCCACCACAGGCCACACGGCCCUGAACAUGGUGUACGGAGCUGUGCCUGGUGCGCUGCGGCCCAUUUGUGAUACACAGGGAAGCUGCCACACCUCUUGGGGCCUGAGAACAGGACUAAGCCCAAACCAGUCACUCCCAAACCACUACUACACCCUCAAGUGGGGAAGGACGUCUUCAUGGUUCUGUUAAAAGCACAACUGCAAAGCAGAUUAAAAUAAAUAAAUAAAUAAGGCCCUUCCUCGCAAACCAAAGGUCUAGUCUUCAGGGCUCCCAGGGCGUUUGCUCAUAGAACCUGAGGCUUUUGUGUCAGGGUAAAGGGUACAGGCUGGGGCUUUUAGCGAUGACUUUACCAGCAUCCCGCUUUGUCCCUGAGUGGGCCGUGCAGCCAUCUCCUGGUAUCACGUGAGAGGUGUUGGCCAGGUCUCCGCCACUUUGGUUUCAUUAAGCAGCAUCCGUGUUUAAGAACUCUUCCUGUCUGGAGGUUCACAGCUCAAAGCUGCCAGGAAAAGCACAUUAAUUUCCAAAGAAUUAAGAGUGUGUGCUGAAUACUUGCCAUUGUUCCUUUCCCAGAAGCUGGUGGCCAGCAACUGUGGAGCGGCCAGCAUGUCCCCAGUGUGCCUCCGGGGUGGGGCUGCCCUGUUCUAACCCCAGCUUUCCCUGAGGGUGAGCACAAGGACAGGUGAGGGCGGUCUUGUUCAGUCCUGCAAAGGUCUCCCUCUGGAGCCCAUUCAGCUUGACCUUUGCCGUGAGUGGAUUUCAAGAAAGUUGCUCCCAAGUGAGUUCUGGCCUCAGAACAGAGAAUACAGUGGUUCUGCGCCCAGGAAAGAAACUCCGGGGUCCCCUGCAGAGAGGCAAGAUGUGUGUCCUGUUGGCUGCCUCAAGCUGGGCCUCAGCCACCUGCACACACAAUACAUAGUGGCUGAAGCCCCUCCUCCCACAAGGUGGUGAGCUGAGUCCUCCCUCCCUGUAUCCUGCGGGUCCCAGAGACGUGUGUGUGAGCAGUCAGAUCAGCCUAAGUCCCGGAGAAGAUGAUAGUGGCAUGUGUGGAGUUUCCGGGCAGGUCACUCGUGUGAGCUGCAGAGAGCCGUGCUGUGUGGGAGGGGGUGUGCUCCAAGCCUCUUCCUGUGGCACUGGAGUGAGUACAGUGUUUCUCUGUGUCCUCCGGGGAUCACACGCCCCUUUACGCAAAGGAGUCUCGUGUACGUUGGAAGCAGGAUCUGACAAAUGUUCUUAAGUGGUGAAGCCAGGAAAAAAACCAGCAACUUCCGUAUAAGCUGAGUCAGCCAGUCUCUAAGUACACUGUUGCCUUCUUCUGCUCUUUCUAAUUAAUUAGCGUGUUCCAGAUGUCUGUAGUCGAUGUGAGGCAUUUGCUUGUGGGGUGGCUCCCUGGGAGACGGGGUGUGUAGUAGCAACCCCAGAUCCAGCCAGCCAGCAGUGGUUUUCCUCUUUUCGGUAGUAUACCUGCCUUGUUUAGUAAUUUAAUGGUAUAUUACAAUGUGUAUGUGUAAGUGCAUACAUCUGAGUGGAAUUUCUUACUAUCCAGAAGAUCCUACUGUUUGCCGUGUGCUCUCUGCUUGGGAGGACUGCAGAGGUCCCCAGGUAAAUUUGUUGUUGACUCCUCCAGCAGAAUGGCCUCCAGGGUCUGGCAUAUCCCUCUGAUUCCCCGUGAGGUGAGAGGUCCUUGUCUGUUGAGGAUGGAUGCGAGUUUGGGGAGUAAUCCCAGAUUGUUCACAGCAGAAGUGGAUGAAAACAGGGCAAUUAAUCAGAAUAAGAGUCCCAGGGCCAGCGAGACGACUCAGGGGAAAAGGCAUUGCACCCAAAGCCAAGACCUGAGUUUGAUCCCCAGGACUAACGUGGUAGGACAGAUCCAGCUCCUGCAAGUGGUACAUACAUAUAUGCAUGCAUGCAUACACAUACAUGCACACACACACACACACACACGCACGCACGCACGCACGCAUGCACACUUUUUAGAAGAGUAAGACAUGUUGGGAGAGUCAUUAGGGUGACCUCUAGGACCUCGUUUUCAAGCCCGUUUCUCUUGCCAGGCCUCAUAUGCUUUCACACCCCCACAUAUACUAUAGACCUAAGUACAUAAUCAUUGUGUGAACACCUAGUGGUUAUUCUGUAAAACGGAACCAUACGUAAGUGCAUGUUCUUGUCUGUAUGUUGUGACUGAGGUGUGUCCUCUGCCCUCCCUCCAAGGCAGUGCGGAUCCAGCAGUUUCUAGCCUCAGCUUCUCCAGUUCUACUGCCUGUGUUGUGUUUACUGGUGACUUUGCCUGGGAGUCUGCUCUCACAUGCAUACCUGUGAGUAUUUAUUACAAAGCAGGCCGGGGACAGGCUUGGUCACAGUGCUUGUAUUUGGAUGUUUUCUAGGAGGGACGGUGGCGCCUUCUCCUCAGUGAGGCAUUGACAGACUCUGUCAAAUUCUGUGAAGCAGGGCCAGCACUGGCCCAGCUUCAGCCUGACUGAGUGCCCUGGGGCUACUGCCCUUUCCACUUGCUGUGUGCGUGCGUGCGUGCGUGCACGUGUGUGUGUGUGUGUGUGUGUGUGUGUGUGUGUGUGUGUGUCCCUUCGCUGGCGGCAUGUGCCGCACUGCCCAGCAUGCUCUGGCGUCCAUGUGUAAUCUUUGGCAUCUGUGUGUCACCCGACCGUAUUGAGAGAUGGUGGUGUACAGAUCUGUACAGAUGGGCCCCUGUGGAGAGCGGGGGAGCCCCGCACAGUGAAUGUGGAUACAGUUGGUCAGCCAAAGAUUUUCCUGUCCUUUGCUGCUGCUUAAACUUUGUGCCUUAAUAUUGUAAAUAAUAAAUGGGUCAACAGCAAA